AUUGAGAAUAUAUUGUCUGCUGCGUUGUCAAUGCGAUCUAAACCGAAGCCUGCGUCAAUUCCCCAACCCCCUAAGAUUAUUGAACUUCAUGAACGCAAACAUGUCUUUCUUGGUGCAAGUCAGAAAGUCAGGGAAAAACGUCCCUACAAUCUAAAAUUUUCCAUCGGUCAAGUUGUUCGACAUCGGCAUGGAUUCAAGGCUGUGGUAAUUGGUUGGGAUGAAUUCGCUGCUGCUCCUCCUUCAUGGAUGGUUCUACAUUAUCCAAGAUUCGAAAGAGAGAUGGAAGUGAGGCAACAGCCCAACUAUCGUUUAUUGGCUGAUUUCAAGGACACACUCUACCAAAUUGGACCAAUUUACGCUCCAGAGGACGAAUUAACAUCUUUGACCCCCGAUGAAUUGAAAUCUGCCGGCAGCAAACUCUAUCCCCAUGAGCCCAUUAUUCAUCACUCCACUAUCUCUGAAUACUUCGAUUACUUUGAUGGGACAAAGUUUUCUCCUCGGCCUUGGCUACGCCGGAUCUACCCCCAGGGAUGA